CUGCCGGGAACCGGCGUGCACAUCGACGAGUUCUGGGGCGCUCUCGAGUCCAUCCUGGCCGACCUCGGGCCCCGCAACGCCGCUCUGAUGGCCCGCCGCGACGAGCUGCAGGCCCAGAUCGACGACUGGCAUCGAGCGGCGCGCGCCGACGGACGGGGCCACGACGGUGACGCCUACGCCAACUUCCUGCGCGACAUCGGGUACCUGCGCUACGUGGACGGCGCGGUCACCGCCACGACCGCCAAUGUCGAUCCCGAGAUCGCAGAGGUGGCCGGGCCGCAGCUGGUGGUCCCCGUCGACAAUCCCCGCUAUGCGCUCAACGCGGCCAACGCCCGCUGGGGGAGCCUGGGUGACCGGGUGGUGGCCGCGGGGCGCGAGUUCCUCGACACGCACUUCACGCUCGACUCUGCGAGCCACGGGUGGGCGACCGGCUAUUUCACGGAGGACGGAGCGCUGAGGGUGCGCAGCGGGGACGGCACCGUGAGCGCGCUGCUGCGUCCCGAGCAGUUCGUCGGCUACGCCGGCGCCGCGGACUCGCCCACUUCGAUCCUGCUGCGCAAGAACGGCCUGCACUGCGAGGUGUGCAUCGACGGCGACCAUCCCGUGGGACGCGGGGAUCACGCCGGCAUCGCCGACAUCCGCCUCGAGUCCGCCAUCACCGCGAUCAUGGACUUCGAGGACUCCGUGUCGGCGGUGGACACCGACGACAAGGUGUCGGUCUACCGGAACUGGCUGGGCCUGAUGCGGGGCACGCUGGAGACCACGUUCGUUCGCAACGGCACGACCGUGAACCGGUCGUUGCGCGGCGAUCGCAGCUUCACCGCGCCGGACGGAGCGCAGAUCACGCUGCCGGGCCGCUCGUUGAUGCUGGUCCGCAAUGUGGGGCCCCAUCUCACCACCGACAUGGUGACGCUCGGCGGCGAACCGGUCCAUGAGACCAUGGUCGACGCCAUGGUGACCGCGCUGUGCGCGCUCCACGAUCUGCGGGGGAUGGGACGGGCGGGCGGCAGGCCCAUCCGCAACUCGGCGACCGGUUCGGUCUACAUCGUCAAGCCCAAGAUGCACGGCCCCGACGAGGUCGCCCUGGGCUGCGAGCUGUUCAGCCGGGUGGAGGAGGCCCUCGGCCUGGUGCAGCGCACCCUCAAGAUGGGGAUCAUGGACGAGGAGCGCCGCACAUCGCUCGGGCUCAAGGAGUGCAUCGCUCGGGCCCGGGACCGGGUGGUGUUCAUCAACACCGGCUUCCUGGACCGCACCGGCGACGAGAUCCACACCGACAUGGAGGCCGGCCCGGUGAUCCCGAAGAGCGAGAUGAGGGCCGCGGCCUGGCUCGGUGCGUACGAGAACUCCAACGUCGACACCGGCCUGGCUUGCGGGCUGCGGGGCUGUGCCCAGAUCGGCAAGGGCAUGUGGACCAUGCCCGGCGAGAUGGCGGCCAUGGUCAAGGCCAAGAUCCAGCAUCCGAUCGCGGGAGCCAGCACCGCCUGGGUGCCCUCGCCGACCGCGGCCACGCUGCACGCCACGCACUACUUCCUGGUGGAUGUGGCCGACCGCCAGCAGGACUUGGCCGACCGCACGCCGGGCCGCCUCGCCAGCCUCAUCGACAUUCCCGUGCUUCCGGUGGGUCGGGAGCUCGGCCCGAGCGAGAUCCAGCGCGAGCUGGACAACAACGUGCAGGGCAUCCUCGGAUACUUGGUCCGCUGGGUGGGCCUGGGAGUGGGGUGCUCCAUCGUGCCCGACAUCGACGACAUCGGCCUCAUGGAGGAUCUGGCCACCCUGCGCAUCUCCAGCCAGCACGUCGCCAACUGGCUGCACCACGGGCUCAUCUCCGCCGAUCAGGCGCGCGAGACGAUGCGCCGGAUGGCCAACCUCGUCGAUCAGCAGAACACGGGCGACCCCGACUACGAGCCCAUGGCCCCCGACUACGACUCCAGCAUCGCGUUCCAAGCGGCUGUCGAGCUCGUGUUGCUCGGCCCGAGAGGAGCCCACGGCUACACGAGCGGGUUCUCCGCUCCCACCGACGCGGGCCGUGAAGGCCGCUCGACGGCGCACGCGACGCCGGGCCGUGAAGACCGACCGCAACGGCCGUGA